AUGUUAGGAAGUUCCAAGGAGUACGGAAAAGACGUUGGGGUAGAUGGGCAGCGGAGAUUAUGGAUCCGGCUACACGCCAGCGGUUGUGGUUGGGGGACAUAUGAUACGCUGGAGGAGGCUGCAAGGGUAUAUGAUAAUGCUUCCAUUAAACUCUGUGGUGCUGGUGCUAUUACAAAUUUCGUUAUGCCAACGGUCUUGGAAAACCCACCGCCGACGAAUGUUACAUCAAUGUCCGACCAUCAUCCCAACCAAAAGUCGCUCAAGCUUCCACCUACAGAUGCACCACCUUUGGAUUACCAAUCAUUUGAUUCAAUACAACUUGUUGAUGAAGUUGCAUCUUUUAACAUGCAUCAUGAUUUCAGGUCUAUAAACCCAAAGCAAUUUGAUGAUUUUGGUAUAACCCCUAUAGCUCAUAACUUCAUUCUGAGACUGGAUGUGGAUCUCCCUCAACUUUAA